UUUAAAAGUGGGACGUUUGAAAUAAAACAGGCCAGACUCGCGGUCGCUGAGGAGAAUCGUGUCAUCCUCUCGAGGGAUAAAUAUACUUUUUAAUGAGUUUUAUCGAUGUUAAAUAUCACACACGACUGAUUUAGUCGAUGGUAACGGGUUAUUAACUCGGUGAGGAGGUUAUCGUCGUGUUUCUGUGGUAUUUGCGGAGGAUUUGUCGUGAGGAAACGGCUAACGAAGAAUAUGGAAACCGCUUCAAGAACCAAAUCAAACAAAGAUCUGAAGAUUCAACGACCUGAAAAUGAGAAGGGUUCUGGACCCAAAAGAGUCCCGGUGACCCAGAAGCCCGUGUCGACCCCGCACAUGCGUGUUCUCGCGUCGGCACACGGACCCCAGCGCAUCCAGCGCCCUGCCAGCCAGCAGAAACCCACUGGAGUCCCGGUUCUGGGGAAGAGCUCGCAUCCCGGAGACCAGAACGCCAAUCCAGAUCUACACAAACCGCAACCGAAGCCGGUUCCUGUAGCCGAGCCUAAUAAAGCUCCCGAACCCAGCAAACCUCUCCGACAUCAGAAUGACUCUUUCUGUCCUUUUCCAGAAACUCCUUCUAAGGGCACGUCCAAUAAUGCAAAGAAAGCAUGGAGUUUGGAGAAUUUCGACAUCGGCCGAGCUCUGGGCAAAGGCAAGUUUGGGAGUGUGUAUCUGGCCAGGGAACGCCAGACCAAGUUCAUCCUGGCGCUGAAGGUCCUGUUUAAGAAGCAGCUGGAGAAGGCCGGCGUCGAGCACCAGCUCCGGCGGGAGGUGGAGAUACAGUCCCAUCUCAGACAUCCCAACAUACUGCGCCUGUACGGUUACUUCCACGACACGGCGCGCGUUUAUCUCAUCCUGGAGUUCGCUCCUAAAGGAGAGCUGUACGGAGAGCUGCAGCGCUGCGGGAGCUUCAAUGACCAGCGCAGUGCCACUUAUAUAAUGGAGCUCGCGGAUGCUCUGAGCUACUGCCACUCGAAGAACGUGAUCCACAGAGACAUCAAACCCGAGAACCUGUUGCUGGGGGCCAAUGGAGAGCUGAAGAUCGCAGACUUCGGGUGGUCCGUCCACACGCCCUCCUCCAGGAGGUCGACGCUAUGCGGCACGCUCGACUAUCUUCCUCCAGAGAUGAUCGAAGGCAAAACGCACGAUGAGAAGGUCGAUCUGUGGAGUCUGGGCGUGCUCUGCUACGAGUUUCUGGUCGGCCGGCCGCCUUUUGAGACCAAGAGCCAUGAGGAGACGUACCGCAAGAUCUCUAGAGUUGAGUUCACCUAUCCAGCUCAUGUGAGCGAGGGCAGCCGAGACCUGAUCAAUAGACUGCUGAAGCACAACCCAAUGCACCGACUUCCCAUCCAGGGAGUACUGGCUCACCCGUGGGUGCUGGAGAACUCCACCAAGAAGCCAACCACUCGCAGCGCCGCCGACGACUGAACGCAUGCUGGAUUGCAGUUUGGAAAACUCUCUUUGGAUGU